UUUUACUAGGAAAAACAAGAAAAAAGAUAAUUUGGGACUGUUGCCGGUUGUAUGUGACUUGAGGAACGGGGCUGGCAGUAGUGAAGGCGAUCAUGGUUGUAACAAGACGAGAAAAGACGAUUCGCUCUGCGACAUCCUGUCGAGUCCGUCAUUCCGAUUCGUCAUCUGCUUGAUCAUCGUAAUGGUUGUUUUACUGUACAAGUCGGUGUACGUAGAUUAUUUCCACUGGAAGAGUGAAAAGUCUUCUGCGUGGACCACGAAGACCUCGAGGAAUUCUAACAAUACGUUUCACGACGACGACGAAGGAAAACCAAAAAUUGAAGUAAUUGAGAUUUUGCCUAAUUGUGGGUUACAAACGAUUUGUUCCGAUGAUGCUUUUCCUAUUCACAUAUAUACUGGAAAGAACAAGACUGAUUUUCCGAAAUUGUGCAUAAUGGGAAAAUAUGUCAUGGCAUUUAACCGAACCGCAGGUGGACGUGGAAUCAAUAUAGCCGUCAUAGAACCAGCUACAUAUACUAUACUGACUGUGAAAAACUUUGAUACUUAUGAGUAUAACAGCUCUAAUUUAGACGAAUGGCUUGAUCACAUGGUUAGGGUCGGUGACGUGGUGAUAUUUUUUACGUUUGACGAGGCAUCUAAGAAGUUAACGAAAAAAACCAGAAACCUCUUGUACAAUAUGGGGAGUGGAAAGAUUCAAGACUUGUGGUACAGAUGCCAGUGGUACAUGGUGACGCAAAAGGGAAUUCAAGGCAUCACGCCAUAUGAAAAAAUAACUUACUCACAUAAAAACAACUGGGCCAGAGCACUGGACGACAAGUUGUGUGUUCCGUUUCAAAUAACUGGAAAUCCAAUAGUGUCCGAUGAUUUGAGUAACUAUCAACCGACGUUUUGUAAUACCUUACUGCUGUCGACUAACGAGUACACCGAAUAUUGCAACGAAAAUAGCGAACACACCAGAAACGUCAAUUACAGUAACCUGAAGAAUCAGACUCAAGGAAGUCACCGAACAACAGGUAAUCGAUUGAUCGACUGAACGGAACACACGAAAGAUACAUCGUGAAUACACGCGCACACACGCACAUACACACGUGCAUAUACAUAAAUAUGUCCCCUCUUAUAUUGAUUAUUACCUGGUGUUGUUUCCGGUGUAAUUUUAAUUCGACGAUGUCUCAGAACUUAACUUCGGUGUGUGAUAUUUAAUAAUUAGGGAACAGGGUUAUCUCAUAUAAUAGUACAAAGGUGACAUAUACAAUUAAUUAACAUAUAAAAUAAUAUAAAUACGAUACCGCGUAUGUUAGAAUUUAGUAGGCGAGUAGGUGAGAACCGCAGUGGACUUGAGGAUGAUAUUGAUGGCAGUCGGAAUGGUGGUUUUUUGACUUGGGCACCUCUGUACACGGCUCUGUUACUGUGUCGGUACUCGUUCAUUAAUGUCUUUGCUGUGUCAUCGCUCUGGCUGUAUAUUCACGCCAAAAUCUCUUAGUCAGCAUUCGUUCAUGACCUCAUUCCUUUUCCACACAUUCAACAUGUUAGCUGGGUUAUAAUAAAGGAGUAAUACGCAAUGUUGAUAAAGAUCAAUUGUUACAAUAUGUUAUUAGUGCAAUUCGUUUUUCUUUAUUAUUUUUUUUCCCAAAUUAUGUCGAUGUUGUUACACUCGCGAAAAUGUAUGCGUAAAAUAUGCAGCGGAUGGACGAUAAUUACUUAUCAUUUUAUAUGCACACAAUAUAUAUUACAAGCAUAUAUAUAUAUGUUAAAGUGUAUGAUCGAAGUCGGUGAAUGUUAACAAUCACCAGUGUAUGUCAACAUAUACCAAAAAACCGUAGUGAAUGUUGUCAAAGUAGCCUUUAUGAAGUCGUGUUUGUGGAAUUUUACAACUAGUGUUUGGUAAAUGUUGAUCACAUUUGAAACGCAACAUAUAUUGUAAGAUAUUUUCGAUAAUAAUAAGAUUUAAGACAUUAUUGUUUGGAAACAUGUUUUUUUUUAAAAAAUCCGUGUUUCAAACAAAUGCUUGGCUUUUAUUAUUGUUAUCGCUCAGGAUAGUAUUCUCGAUAUUUAAUAAUCCAAUUUUCUAACGUAAAAUUGCUAUUUAUAUCUUCGUUAUUAUUGACACAUAUACAAAACCUAGUGCAAUAGUGUUUUUUUACAGUGUUUAAAAGUGAUAUUUUUAAUAUUUAUUUUAAUUACACAUAAAAUUAUCAAACAUAAUUGAGUAGAUAGGUUCGUAUAAAAGUUAUUUUUUCACUGUUCAAAAAAUGGAGUAGCGAGCUUGGAUAUAAUUUCAGUGUAUACAAACACUCGUCCAAACGUAUGGAUGUAUUUUAUUAUUGUUGGUACGUAUACGUACAUGCAUGCGUUCUACACAGCGGCAGUCGCGGCCGGCGGAGCCCACUCGACGAUUAAUCAAAUAAUCGCCCUUUUGACGACCCUCAAUGUGCUGCAGCACAUUUUAUCGUUCAUUCUUUUUCUUUAGAUGCGUUAAGCGAUUUCACACGGACCAAGUUUUUUGAAUAAGAUACACGAAUCCGCCUAUAAAAAUAAAUUAUAAACAGGAUACACAGCAAAUCCGAGGAUAAUCGAACAAAAAUGUGGUUUUAGACUACCUGAAGUGUCAUUGUAGUACCAUGUACAGUCUGCCUAUAUACAUAUCUGCAGUGCAAAAUACGUUAUACGUGUAAAACCUCAAAAAUGUUAAUGAAAUAGUGCCUUUUUUUAUAGCAUUGCUAUCGUGGGCUUGUGCAAUCGAUUGAAUAAUAUUUAUUUUCUAAAGUCUGACCGAUCGUUUUUUGCACUAGUACACAUGCAUCCACAUUUGUAAUCACAUUGUACUUAUACAUACUAUACCUACGAGUAUAUACAUAGAGAUUUUAGUCAUUAAACCUAUUCUUUAAGGAGGCUAUUAUUGGUGUCCAUUUAAAACAUGCUUAAUUAAUUUAUAGUGAAUUGUUUACAUGCAACGUCGAUUGCAAUCAUUAAUAAUAUUUGAAAUAAAAUAAUUUUACUAAAAGGUAUUAUUAGGGAAGGAUUUGAUAAAGAUCGAAUACCACUAUCUAUAUAACAGAUAAAAAAAAAGUGUAAUAUUGUAUGAUCUCUCUUGCUUUCUCGCACUUACAAUUUUAUUUCUAUAAAAUAGAAAAAAAAUUAAAUCAGAGUUAAAAAUUGAGAUAAAUCACAAAAGUUCUUUUGGGGUUCUAGAGUUUCUAAAACGAAAAUCCCAUACGAGUAGAGGAAUAAUUGCCUAAAUCUGGGGUCGGCAACCUUUUGAACCACGCGGGCCAUAUUUUUUUUUCAAAUGUUAAUCAAAGACCACAUUAAAAAAAAA